AUGGCCGACAACUUACGAGUUGAACCGAGCAGUGCCGAGUCGAUCACGUACAGGGGUACACGCUCGCCUAGACGGCAUUUUAUUGACCGUUUCCAUUGCGAUAUUUCCAGUGUUAAAGGCCGCCGUAUACAAUAUUUAGCUUUACUUAAGCAAAACACAACAAUUCGUGUAGUUGGCUCAGUGAAACGCAUAUUACCCAGUGAUUAA